UUCAUCAAGUAAUACAAUUAACGCUUUCGAAACAUCCCGCAUUCAGUAAAGCCGGGCGAAUAGCAGGGGAAUUGUUACUUAUUUUUAAGGAUUUUUAAUGCAUGCAGACCUGCUGCUGUGAGAGCCAAUAAGAUGUUUAUUUCAUUUCUUGUAGUUGCUUCUUGUUUCUCAUUAACUUUUGGAGAUCUGUACGAGUAUGGUACUUCGCUAGAUCAAACUCUACCGACAACAACUGAUGCAGUGUCGCCUGCAAUUUUAUUAAAUGAGGGAUUUCCCUUUUUUCAAGACAUCUAUUGGAUCAUUUAUGUCAAUGAAAAUGGACUCAUUUCGUUCGAGCAUGAAGUUGGUGAAUAUUCUUAUAUUCCAUUAGUUUUUCCACAAGGUCCUGCAAAUGAUGGAAAUGACAACGACGAGGAUCCCGACGAGAGAAUUAUUAUCGCGCCAUUUUGGGCAAAUGUAGACGCCACCUCAAUCGGUUCAGUUUAUUACCGAGAAGACCGGACACAGACCACUCUGCAGAGAGUCUCGGACGACAUCAGACAAUAUUUCGUGCUUGCGAGUGACUUCACGGCCAAUUGGGCUUUCGUUGUCACUUGGGUAGGGGUAACUUUUAAUGGAUACAAUCCAAAUAACCCUGACACUAUUCCUACAAACACCUUUCAGACAGUUCUUACAACUGAUGGUUUCAGAUCGUAUGUGUUGUUUAUUUACGAUACCAUUACAUGGACAACAGGGACUGACAGUGGAGGGAAUUCGAAUACAGGUCUAGGAGGAACGACUGCAUUGAUUGGAUUUAACGCAGGGGAUGGCUUAAGACAUUACACUGUAACCGACUAUUCCCGUAAACCUAGUAGUACACAAAGAACGCUCUCCGCCAAAACAAACUGUGACGAAGCUGGAAGAUUCGCUUAUUCUGUGGCGCCUGAAGUACAAAAAGCCGGAUGCUCACUGCCAACAUCAUCAGUAUAUCCUCCAUAUAUAAGUAUGAUUGGCGGUGACAAACUCUACCUUGUUGGCCAAUGCUGGACUGAUGACGACAUGACAUGUAAAUUUGUUCGUGAUGACGUAACCCUGCAAGUUGCCAACGUGACUUACGAGAGCCAAUUACGCGCCUAUUGUAUUCCACAAGAACCAUUUUUCGUGACUGGGGACGUGACGGUCAGUGUAACUUUAACCGGGGUGACUUUCGAAGCUAACGUUGCCAUUGUUGAAUCCGAGCGAUUUGCUGCUUUGAAUGGGUAUGGUGUUACUCAGGUCGAUUCUCAGAGCAACAAUUGGAGAAAUUCUGGAAAAGAACUAGCAAUAGAGUGGGAUGCUGAUGAUAUUGCUGCUUCAGAUGUUUCAGCUGAAGUACUCGCUUACCGGGAAGACGGAGACGUCCCUGAAUGGGAGACUGUAUAUACAAUCGCCAGGAAGGAAAGCAACGAUGGCUCGCUCUCAUUUACCCCAUCAGCAAUGGCCAACGUCUCCAAACACAAUGCGUUCGGCGUUAUUCGAGUCAAAGGCUCCUCAUCGGAUCCUAUACUCUAUAGUAAAAUACACGCAUUCGGAUAUCUGUUGGAAGAAGCAUACCAAGAAGCAUCGUUAAACUGGUCGCAAAGUGCGUGCUUAGACUGGUACCUGGCCGACCAGACAACACCAGACUACAUCGAAAACUUACCCAGCUGUCCAUGCACACUGGACCAAGCGUUGGCUGACGAUGCUAGCUUUCAGCCUGACACAGGGUGCAGCAUAUUUGAGGGGAGCGUCUGCACGUACCAUCAGGGGGCCGUACACUGUGUGCGCAGUAUUUUCCCCACGUCUGACAACGCUGGGGUGCAGUGCUGUUACAGCGAAGAAGGGGACCUUAUGUAUGCUGGGGAUACAAUGAACGGGAGUACAGCAGAUCGAUCUCAUCCCUGGGGUGUCGAGCCAUAUGGCACGCGAGGAAAGGUACCGGCUGCAUCACAUUGGGUGGAUGACGUCAUUACAUUUUACUUUUGUUGUAUUUGGACUGACAAUUCUGACGAUUGCUGGAUGUAUAUGGAACGCCGCCCUACAGCAGAUUGCCGCAAAUAUUUACCGCCAACCCAUGCGUCAAUUUUCGGAGAUCCUCAUGUCUACACAUUUGAUGGGUUUGGUUACACAGCGAAUCUUAAAGGAGAAUACAUGCUUCUGACUUCCACUGACAGUGACGGCCUACAAAUUCAAGGGCGUAUGGAGCAGAUUGCGAAUUACAAUGGCCAGACUCAGCAGGCAACAGUACUCACAGCUAUUGCAAUGCAAGGAUCAGCCGUUGAUGACGUCAUACAAGUUGAAUUAAAUAAAAUCGGAGUCUUGAAGAUAUUAAGAAAAUCGAAUGAAGUCGACGUUAAAAGUCAGAAAUGGAUUGACUUUAAAGGUGUCUCAAUGGUAUUUGGUGCGGAUUUCACCGGAGGAAAUAUUACAAAUGUUAUAUUUAUAUUCGACUCUGGAAUAAGUGUAGAAGUCUCUGCAAUUCCUGAACUAAUGUCUUUAUCUGUAACACUGCCACCACAACUUAGGGAAACAGUGUCUGGAUUUUUUGGAGACGCUGACUAUUCAACGAAAAACGAUCCUUUCGGAACUGGAGGACUUUCUGACGAAGAUCUUUUCGCUCAAGCAAAUUUUUUGGAAGUUUCAGAUCAGGAAUCCUUGUUCAAUUAUGAACCCGGGAAAAGCCAUGACUAUUACCGCAAUGAAACAUUUCGACCUCUUUUUGAAAACCCACCCUCUACCAAUAUACCCAGCAACAUCUACUCGCAAAUAGACGAGGUAUGUGGUGACAUUACGUAUUGUGAAUAUGACAUACUGACAACCGGUCUGCUAGCUGUUGGGGAAGCGACAAAGGAAGUGGUGGAUCAAUAUUUCCUAGCUAGAAACAAAUCAAUAGAAGUAAUAGCAUGUCCGUACAUUCCUGCUCCAUUGAACGGUAAUAAGAAAUUUGUCGGUGGACAAAACAAUCACCUGGUAGGAGCUAGCAUAACGUUUUACUGCGAUGAGGAUUACAUUUUAUCGGGAAGUACCACAAGGAAUUGUCAGGCACAUGGCGAGUGGACUGGAACCGGUGAACAGCUAUGCUACUAUGUUGGUGAAUGUGGUAGCCUGAAUACAGAGCAUGGUUAUAUAACAGUUGAGGUUGAAGAAGAUGAUGCUAUAGUUGCUCAAUUCACCUGUGACGAGGGAUAUAAUAUGGGAGGCAGUUCCACUAGAAAAUGUAAUGGUGAGAACUGGAGCGGGGAGACAACUGGUUGUUACGAUGGCUUAACUCCAGACCAACAACUAGGACUUAUCCUGGGACUCGUUAUUCCUACUGUGAUCAUAACAUGUCUUAUUAUUGGCAUUAUCGUGUACAAGAAACGUAGUCCGUCCGGAAGUAAAAGCUUGGAUGAUGGAACUAAAGUUAAGGAUCAAGUACCUAUUGAAAACUUUGCCAGAGAGUUCGAGGCAGAUGAACCGGAAGUACACAUACCCAAACCAACCGAAUUUGUUUGAGCAACGAUCCGUAUGCACAAAUCAUUCAAAACACAUAAAAUGCACAAUUUCUGUUAGAAUUAUGCCCCUACACACAUUUUAGUUAAAAUUGGAAAUAGCAACAACCAGAAGAUAGUAGAGUGUUUGAGAAGUUUCAAUGUACCAUCGCAAUGCGCAGGGUGUGCUCUUAAUAGCAAUGUAAUGUAUGUUUUUUUUUUAAGCCUAUAGGCCCGGUAAUAGCAUUGACCUAUGAGAACUACGCUUAUGCCACAAGGUCCUACCAGCUACCUGUUUAUGCUUUGGGUUUAAAGAGACAUAUUAAUAACAUAGGCUAAGUUUCCAAAACCCGACCUUAAGUUUGAGAGUCCCAGCACAACCGCUGCACAAGCCAACAGGUAGUCGUUUUUUUUUUGUUUUUUUUUGUCUGAUGUUUUCAGGUAGACGGUAUUAUUUUGCAUGACGGCACCAUAAAGCCACGCCUCCUUCGGUUGAAGUGGUUUUAUUUAGCAACUUCCUAGCCAACAUCCCCUUUCGAAUGUUGGCACGCGCCUCCAUUCUACUUGGUGCCACGAGCUAAAGACAGCGUUGUACUAUGCAAUUAACGAAACUAAUUUUGGAUUUAUUAAUUUUUUUUAAAUUAGUUAUCUUGUCGUACAGGUUUACUAGUAGGAAAACUUAAUUUGUAAUUUAACAUGAGGGUGUUCUACCGAAGUGGAGUAGCAUAUUGAAUAAGAUACCUAAUUAUCUAUAGUAGUCUGUAUACCAACGUCUAUGCUAAUAUCAGUAUUUUUCUUUUAUUUUUUAGUCUGUAACUUAAUCGUCCUUUAAAAAUAUGAAAUUUAAUGUUUUACAGAUUUUUAGGAUUUUUUUUUAAAUUUGCAACUGUUACACUGUAAAAACAGCGUGGAGGAUUUAAACGCAAAGCUCCACGCAAUGUUGUCAUGUCUUUGGUGACACGUUUAAAAACUAAACGUGUUUAGGCCCAGCCUAAUGUGUUUGGUUUCUGGCGUGUUUAGCAUUACAUGUGCUUAGGUAUUUGACAUUAGGUAUUUGACAUUAUGAUGUCAAAUACCUAAGCACAUUUAAGUCACGUCAAGAUCCUAAGCACAUUAGGAUAUAUCUAUUUUUAAGUGUAGUAUGCUAUCUUUCACAAAAAUAAAAAUAAUACGAGUUAAAAAAUAACAAAUGCUUUUAGAUGUGAAUAAAAUUAACAAUAGUGAACACAAGAUAAUAGCACAUCGUUAACUUUAUUUUCAACUCCUCGUCAUUGUCCAUUUUUAAAGACCUAUUGGCGAUUCGGAGUGAUACACCAACAUAUAAAAAAAAAUCAAAAUAUUUGGUUUAUAUAGUUACAGAGAGGAACUGAUCCUCCCUGGUUAUAGGCCUAUUAGUAUUCAAUUCAGUUCAAUUCAAAUUGUAUGUCAGACAUCCAUUGUAUACCCAAAAAAAAUGAAUACUGUAAAAAAUAAAUACCAAACAGACA